AUGUCAAAAAAGGUUCAAGAGCAAACUAUGAGAGUGGUAAAUGAAUAAAUAAACUAAGUGAAGAAUGAUAUUAAGGAACAGGAAGUCAAGAUUUAAUAGGUAGCAAAUUUAGAAAAAAUUAAAAUAAAAAAACCAUCAUAGCCUGUCCAGAUAAUUUAAAAAAGUAGUAUAAAUUUAAAUCCAUCAAGUUAGCCCAUGUUCACCAAUCAACUUCAUCUGAAAGUGUAAUAGAAUUUUGCAGUCAUAGAAGAAGAGAAGUAAAAGAGCAAUAGGAAAUCCACAAGAAAAUCUUCAAAGAUCCCCAAGGAGGUCCCUCACCAUGAACAAGAGUAGUAGAGUUCUUACUUUAAAGAUGAUGAAAGCAAGGAUGAGGAUGAAUAUAGUGAUAAUAAGAAAAAUACCAUAGCAGAUUUAGGAAUUGGGGUAAAACUGGAUACAGCUUUCGAGAAAAACUUUAAGAGUUUACAAGAUAAGGUCAAGUAACUUCCAUCCAACAAUAGCUCGCUAAAAAAGGCACCCAAAGGCUUUGGUGAAUAGGAAGAAGAUACUGACAUAAAUGAUGAUUCAGAGCCUAAAAAGGCUAGAAAUAUGGGUUUCCCAAAUUUUAGUUACUUGGAUCCUGAUGUAUUAGGGCCUCCUGUUAAAUAAGAUCUUACAUUUUACAAACAGUAUGUAGAUAAUCUUGCAAAUAAUACCUUUAUGAAGCUAUUUGUAAACUAAGGUUCUAGCCAAAAUAUAAAACAACCUCAGCAUAUUUAGGAUCAAAUAGAGGAAGAAUCGGAUGAUGAUAAUACAGAUAAUCACAAAAUUUCUGAAAUGAGUGAUAAAAGAUUGCCUAGCAAGGAUAAAUCUCUGCAGGAAUAUAAUAAUGAAUUCGAUUCGAGUUUUAAUAAUAAGCCUUAUCCUUCAAGACUGAAUAUUAAGAAAAUAUCUAGAUCCAAAAUGAGUGAUUUCAAAGGUCUAGUGUCAGACAGAAGAUCAAAUAAGAAUUAUUCUAGAGCUGAUUCUAUGAAUCAUCUUUCCAAAAAUGACAAUUAUUAGUAAUAUGAGGAUUCAUAAGAAUUUGGGCUUCCUCAACUUAAUAAUAUAAACGUAUCUUAUCACUCAGGUGUAAGAGAUAAUUCCAGAGGAAAAUCUCUUAUCGAUGAUAGACAAUCUAUAGGUAGUAAGAGAUCUUCUAAACUUGAUGUCUAAUCAGUUGGUUAAGCUUCAAUCAAGUUAAAUGCUAAAAUACAUUAAAAUAGAGUCUUUUAGGAUAAUAUAGUCGAUUAGAGCAUACUCACUCCAAUUAAAUUCAACAUAAACAAAAGCUAUCUCGCUAAUAAUGAUAGCUCUCUUGAAAGAGCUUAAAAUGCAUAUUAAAAAUACCAAUAAGCCACAAGAAACUAAUAGAAUCAGCAACAACAACACUAGCAAUAAAAUAUUGUUAAUUUUGGGAAUCUGAAGGCCAUAAACAGAUAGUAUGAAUACGAUAGGAAUAUGCAUACACCAAAUACCAUUAUAUCAGCUCAUUCAAAGUAACAUUCAAUUAGCAGUAUGAAUAAUAUAUCUGAUUAUCCCAGUAGAAUGGGAUCAGAGAUCAAUUACAACUCUAGGAAGAAGGAGUUGCAAGCAAUUCAUGAACUCAGGCUAGAUAUAAAUUCAUAGGCUAGAUCUAUAAAUAAUCAAUCAGAUUAUCAGUAAUAGGAUGAUGAGACAAAUAUGAAGAAUAUUGUUGAUAAUUUCUAAGUUGCAUUUUCAGAAGGCAAACAAUCUUAAGAACUAAUUUUCAUGAAAAAACUUCGUCUUAGACAUCCAAUUAUGAGUCAAAUCAGUUUUAAUGCAUUUAAAUUACUUAUAGAAAAAUCUUAUUUAAUCAGACAUAAGAAAGAUGAAGCUAUAUAUGAAUAGAAUCAACCAAUCGACUGUUUGUAUUUCAUUCUAUUUGGAUCAUUAUCAUUGAUAAUCAAACAGAAUGGACAAACGAUUAUGUAUGAAAAGGAAUUCACUAAAGAGGAUACUCUUUGUGAAGAAAUAAUUUUUGAAGAGGAUAAUUUUAAGGCGAAGGAGACAGCUAUAUGCUCCAGCUAAGAAGUCUGCUUGCUCCAAAUAAGAAUUAACGACUUUUUGGACUUAGAUAUUAAUAGAAAUAAAGGAGGAGGAGAUGGUGUAUAAAAAGAUUUCGACAUUCUUGCUUCUAUAUUAAAGGCUGUUUACGAAGAUAAGCAAACUUUAAGAGAGGAUUGA